AUGGUGUGCGAGGAUCAUUACUUACGAAAUUAUAGAUCAGGGGAACAUAAAAAUAACUGUGAAAGGUACCACGGCGCCGCGAGCGACCCGGAGGUGGUGAGUAUUUUUAUUUUUCCUUUCAGACCGGUCUGCAGAAACUGUGUGGUGUCACCGACUGGGUCGUCACCGCCACCGCUCCACGAGCACUCGUCUCCGCCCCCUCCAGCGCCGGCCUCACCUCAACUUCCAUCUCCACAGCCGAGCCACAGCGGCUCCUCUAUCCCCAGUACUUCGAACUCUCCUCACCCAUACUCCUAUCCUAACUUCAGAAGGAGUCAACCGUACCAGGAGUUCAACCUUCUCCACAGUCACAGCGGCUCCCAACUGAACCAGCCGCCUCCGAGUUACCAUUCCCCGCAGUCACCCCAAUCUGCGAUGUCUCUCUCCCCCCACCCCGUCCCUCAAGGAAAACUCAGAGGACUCCUGGAACAUGCUGAGAGACUGAUGAAGCCCGUCGACCCUCACAGACACUCACAGAGCGAUGACGACUCAGGAUGCGCCCUGGAGGAAUACACAUGGGUUCCCCCCGGACUGAGACCAGAACAGGUGCACCUGUACUUCUCAGCGCUGGCCGAGGACAAGGUGCCGUACGUGAACAGUGUGGGGGAGAGGUACAGGCUCAAACAACUGCUGCAACAGCUGCCCCCACAGGAUAAUGAGGUCCGGUACUGCCACUCCUUGUCUGAUGAGGAACGGAAGGAGUUGAGGCUUUUCAGCGCCCAGAGGAAGAGGGAGGCGCUGGGCAGAGGCCAGGCGAGGCAGUUACACGCGCCGGCCCCUUGUGACAGGAAUAUGAUCUUUAUAAUUGAACCCCUCACUGUUGGAGAUAAAUGUUGUGGAAAUAAGACGAAGGAGGAGGAAGGGGGAGGGGUGAGGAAAAGGGGACGGGGAGGGGACCCACAGCCUUGA